ACAGGCCGGAGGUCGACAGCCGAGCGCGUCGCUCCGGGUCCGCGGCCGCGCCGGCCUCGCACUGCCUCUCGCGGCGCUCGUCCGGGCUCGUGGGGGAUCCCGCGUUCCGCACAGCGCUGCGGCGGCCCGGCCAAUGGCACCUCAGCGGAGGGGCGCGCCCAAGGGGCCCGAGGGCUGCGGGGCGGCGGAGCGCGGGCGCCCGAACAGCACCAAGGGUGUCCGGGCACCGCGGGAUGUGCGGAGGAAGUGGCUGCGAGUCGCCGUCCUGGGGGCCUGCACCACGCUGGCGGGGCUCCUGCUGUGGGGCCGCCUGGGGGCUGAUGAGGAUGGCAUCGCCGAGGUGCUUGCUGGCCGCAGCGAGGUCCUGCCGGGCAGGUUCAUCGAGGUGCCCUGCUCCGAGGACUAUGACAGUCAGCGCAGGUUUGAAGGCUGCACCCCGAGGAAGUGUGGCCGGGGCGUCAGCGAUGCCGUCAUCACCAGGGACGAGGCCCGGAGGAUUCGCAGCAUAGCCGAGAAGGGGCUUUCUCUGGGCGGAUCCGACGGAGGGGCCUCCAUCCUGGACCUGCACUCGGGGGCCCUGUCUGUCGGGAAGCACUUUGUGAACCUGUACAGGUACUUUGGGGAUAAAAUCCAAAAUAUCUUCUCGGAAGAGGACUUCCGGUUGUACCGGAACGUGCGGCAGAAGGUCCAGCUGGCGAUCGCCCAGGCGUUUGGCAUCAGCGCGUCCUCGCUGCACCUGACCAAGCCCACCUUCUUCUCCCGCAUCAACAGCACGGCGGCCCGGACGGCGCACGACGAGUACUGGCACGCGCACGUGGACAAGGUGACCUACGGCUCCUUCGACUACACCUCGCUGCUCUACCUCUCUGACUACCAGGAUGACUUCGGCGGGGGGCGGUUUGUGUUCAUGGAGGAAGGGGCCAACAGGACGGUGGAGCCCAGAGCAGGCCGCGUGUCCUUCUUCACCUCGGGGUCUGAGAACCUGCACCGGGUGGAGAAGGUUCACUGGGGCACCCGCUACGCCGUCACCAUCGCCUUCACCUGCAAUCCCGACCACGGCAUCGCGGACCCGGCGCUCACGCCGCCCGGGGGCCCGUCCGCCCAGCCGCGCUGAGCCCCCACUUGGCCGGUUCCACUCAACAAGGUGCCUUAUGAACCCUCCUGA